AUGGCUGAUCCCGUUUCUCCGUAUCCGUUUCCCAGUAACGUUCACGUCGUGAGCUCGGUUACCCUCAAGCUCACGGACUCCAACUACCUCCUUUGGAAGACCCAGUUUGAGUCCUUGCUCUCAAGUCAGAAGCUUAGCGGCUUCAUUAAUGGCACGAUAGCAGCUCCUCCGGCGUCUCACACUGUCGUUGUUGGUGGUGUCCCCACCAUUGAACCUAAUCCAUUGUACGAAGCCUGGUUCUGUACGGAUCAACUCGUCCGCUCGUGGUUGUUUGGUACUCUGUCCGAGGAAGUUCUCGGUGUGGUUCACAGCCUCUCAACGUCCCGAGAGGUGUGGCUUGGUCUCGCUGAAAACUUUAACCAGAGUUCUCUGGCUCGUGAGUUUGCUCUCCGACGUAACCUUCAGUUCCUGACCAAGAAAGGGAAGACCUUGACGGAGUAUUGCAGAGAGCUCAAAACGAUCUGCGAUGCUCUUGCCUCGAUUGGAAAACCGGUGGACGAGUCAAUGAAGCUAUUCGGGUUUCUGAAUGGCUUAGGCAGGGAAUAUGAUCCAGUCUCCACAGGGAUCCAAAGAGAUUUGUCGAAGCCAAAUCCGCCGUCUUUCAACGAUGUCGUCUCGGAGAUCCAAGCAUAUGACUGCAAGCUUCAGUCUUAUGAAGUGGAAGACUCCAGUAACACACCUCUUGUCUUCAAUGCUCAAAACGCGAACCAAAACGCUUCCUUUAAGCCAGCGGUGCCAAGCUACAACCCAAAUAACAGAGGUCGUGGUCGUUAUGGUCAGAACAGAGGUCGUGGUGGUUACUCCUCUCGUGGUAGGGGGUUUCCUCAGCAUCAGACAACACAGAACAACAAUGGAGAGCGCCCGGUGUGUCAGAUUUGUGGUCGUGUUGGUCACAUAGCGGCGAAAUGCUACAAUCGUUAUGAUGAUUACCAAGCUCAUGAGACACCACAAGCAUUCACUGCUCUGCAAACUGCUGAUGCGACAGGGAAAGAGUGGUAUCCGGACUCAGGCGCAACGGCUCACAUCACUGCUACCAGGGACAACCUUCAGACCUCAACUCAGUAUGACGGUAACGAUACGAUCAUGGUAGCUGAUGGAGCGUUCCUCCCAAUCACUCAUGUUGGCUCUGCCAAUAUUGCUUCCACUACAGGUACUAUCACUCUGAAAGAUGUUUUAGUAUGUCCGGAAAUACAAAAGUCCUUACUGUCUGUGUCUAAAUUGUGUGAUGAUCAUCCGUGUGGAGUGUGGUUUGAUGCUAAUAAGGUCUGUGUGGUUGAUAUUGGUGCUCAGAAAGUGGUAGCAAAGGGGCCUCGAGUUAAAGGUCUAUAUACGUUGAAGAAUCAAGAGUUGGUGGCGCUGUAUUCAAAUCGCCAGUGUGCAGCUUCAGAGGACACUUGGCAUCAUCGGUUGGGCCACACUAACUUCAAGGUUCUUCAACAGCUUCAAAUCAGCAAGGAAAUAGUUAUAAAUAAGAGCAGACAAAACUCCAUUUGUGAGCCUUGCCAAAUGGGGAAAAGUAGUAGAUUGCAGUUUAUUUCUUCCUCCUCUCGUGUUCUAGGACCCUUAGAUCGUGUUCACUGUGAUCUAUGGGGACCCUCGCCUAUUGUAUCCACUUUGGAAUUUAAGUACUAUGCAGUGUUUAUCGAUGAUUACUCAAGGUUCUCGUGGUUUUAUCCGUUGCGUGCUAAAUCAGAGUUCUAUUCCGUUUUCACUGCAUUUCAAAAGCUGGUUGAAACACAAUUUAGUACAAAGAUCAAAGUUUUUCAAAGUGAUGGUGGAGGAGAAUUCAUAAACAAACGGCUGCAAUCGCAUUUUGUUGAGUGUGGUAUAAAACACUUAGUCUCAUGUCCUUAUACACCUCAACAAAACGGUUUGGCUGAGAGGAAGCAUCGACAUUUAGUGGAGCUUGGGUUGUCUAUGCUCUUUCAUAGUAACACGCCUCUGAGUUAUUGGGUAGAAGCAUUCUUCUCAGCAAAUUUCAUCUGCAAUCUACUACCUAUGGACGUGUUGGAGAAUUGUAGUCCAUUUGAGGUCUUGUUCGGGAAGAAACCAGAAUACUCAAUGUUGAGGGUCUUUGGCUCGGCUUGUUACCCGUAUCUACGUCCCUUGGCCGAUCACAAACUCGAACCGAGAUCACUCCAAUGUGUCUUUAUCGGUUAUAGCUCACAACACAAAGGAUAUCGCUGUCUAUAUCCACCAACUGGGAAGACUUAUAUCUGCAGGCAUGUUGUGUUCGACGAAGAGUGCUUUCCGUUCAAGGCUCAGUAUGAAUCCUUGGUGCCUCGCUAUCACAGCAAACUGUUAAGUGCUUGGCAACUGUCAACAAGUCAAGCAACAGAAGAACAGAGGACUGAGACUCAAAUCUCACGAGCUUUGCCUGUACCAUCAAGGCAACUGACUCAGGAACCUACUGUGGAAGAUCAUCCGACUCCUGAGCCUAUUAAUGAAGCUCCAUCCGACACAGAAUCCGUAGAUGCCGCUCCAGUAGAAAACCAGCAUCCAAUGGUGACUAGAGCAAAAGCUGGAAUAAUCAAGCCAAACACUCGCUAUAUACUUCUUGCUAAUAAAUUCACUCCUGCAACACCAAAGUCUAUAGCUGAGGCAAUGAAACAUCCAGGGUGGAAUGUGGCAGUAAUGGAUGAAAUGGGGAGAAUUCAUAUGUUACACACGUGGUCGUUGGUUCCGAGAACAGAAGAUAUGAAUGUUUUGAGCAGUAAGUGGGUGUUUACGCCGAAGAUGAAACCAAAUGGAGAGCUAAACAAGUUGAAAGCUCGUCUAGUUGCUAAAGGGUUUGAGCAGGAAGAAGGGUUGGAUUAUCUUGAGACAUUCAGUCCAGUGGUACGCACGGCAACGAUCAGGAUGAUCUUAGAUGUUGCUAUUGCGAGAGAUUGGCCGAUAAAACAGUUGGAUGUGUCAAAUGCUUUCCUACAUGGUGAGUUAAAGGAGCCAGUCUAUAUGUUUCAACCAGCAGGAUUUGAAGAUCCAGAGAGACCAGAUUAUGUCUGCAAGCUCACCAAAGCCCUAUAUGGCCUUAAACAAGCACCUAGGGCAUGGUUUGAUACAUUCAGCAACUACAUAAUCGAUUAUGGGUUCACUUGCAGCAAAUCAGACCCGUCUCUGUUUACCUACUAUCGUAAUGGGAAAUCAAUGGUUCUUCUCAUGUACGUUGACGACAUGUUGCUAACAGGCAGUGAUCAAGCCCUGUUACAAGAUCUGCUCACGUGUCUCAACAAACCUUUUUCAAUGAAAGACCUCGGAAGACCUCAUUACUUCCUUGGUGUGGAGAUAGAGUCUUAUAAUGGUGGGAUGUUCUUACAUCAAACAGCGUAUGCUAAAGAGAUUCUCCAUCAUGCUUCCAUGUCAGACUGUAACUCAAUGCCUACACCGCUGCCUCUGCAAUUGGAUGAUCUGAACUCAGAGCCGUUCUCAGAACCAACGUACUUCCGGAGUCUUGCUGGUAAAUUACAGUAUCUCACCAUCACACGCCCAGACAUUCAGUUUGCAGUGAACUUUGUUUGCCAAAGGAUGCAUUCACCAACUGUCUCCGACUUCAAUCUCUUGAAACGCAUCCUGAGGUACAUCAAGGGUACAAUAAACAUGGGUCUCCACAUCAAGAAAGACAAGAAAAUGGUGCUGCAUGCUUACUGCGACAGUGAUUACGCUGGUUGUAAGGACACAAGAAGAUCAACUUCAGGUUUUUGUACAAUGUUGGGUUCCAACUUGAUUUCUUGGUCCGCAAAACGUCAACAAACAGUCUCAAAGUCAUCCACUGAAGCAGAAUACAGAGCCUUAACAGCUGCUGCCCAGGAGAUCACGUGGUUGUCAUUUCUUCUAAGAGAUCUUGGUGUUGAACAGAAGGAAGCUACGGUGUUGAAAUGCGAUAAUAAGUCGGCAGUGUAUCUCAGUACUAAUCCCGCACUCCACAACCGAUCUAAGCACUUUGACACUGAUUAUCACUACGUUCGGGAACAAGUGGCUCUGGGGUUGAUCGAGACUCAACAUGUUCCGGCUACACAGCAACUCGCCGAUAUAUUCACCAAGUCCUUGCCAAAGAAGUCAUUCAAGGAGUUGAGAAGCAAACUUGGUGUAGCUGAAUCACCCACACUAAGUUUGAGGGGGGCUGAGAGUGAGUGUGUCAAGGCCCAAGAAAGUGUCCAAGCCCAUUCAGCUGUGAAGGAGAAAAGGACAAAACCUGCAAAAGAGAAAAUCGUAGAGGAAGAAAAGAUGCUCACCUUUAACAGAUUUGAAUCCUUGGUUUCAGCUAAUAUAGAGUGA